GUUUGUUGCCGAGCCCUGGCUGCGCAAAAAACUGCUGUCAUGUGAUAGGCUUCGUUUGUAGUAGUAGCUGACAGAAGCAGUCAGCGAGAAAUAGAAACAAAGAAAGAAGUUUGAUUCCUUUCCUGUGGACUCAGACAGGGUCUGUUUCUCCUAUUAUAGCAAUAGUUUCCCGGGUGGAGUAGUUGGAGAUUGGGUUCGCGUACCUGGCAGACCGCCGAACGCCCAGCGGACGCCAUGGGUUGUUGUUACAGUAGCGAGAACGAGACCACCGAGCAGGACCCUGACGAGCGUAAGCCGCUGAUCCCCCACCCGAACCCCGACAGCAAGCCCCUCAACAGCACAGAAUGGAACUCCACCAAUGUACCCUCAGCCCGCACAGACGAACAGGCCUUACUCACAUCCAUCCUUACCAAGACAGCUCUGAACAUCAUCGACGUCUCGGCUGCGGACUCUCAAGGCAUGGAGCAGCAUGAGUACAUGGACAAAGCUCGGCAAUACAGUACAAAACUGGCCUUGUUGAGUAACAGUCUGUCUCAGAAGAAGCCCCUCCCUCUCCCUUCACUCACCAGCCAGCCGCACCAAGUGCUCGCUAGUGAUCUGGUGCCAUAUUCGGAUGUACAACAGGUGUCCAAGAUAGCUGCCUAUGCUUACAGUGCAAUCUCUCAGAUCAAGGUGGACGCUAAAGAAGAGCUAGUGGUUCAAUUUGCCAUCCCCUGAUCUGCCCUCUGGCCUCCAUAAUACUCCUCCCGUCCUGUCCCCAAUGCCCACACUGCAUCUAUGUGUCCCAGUCCCUGUGCUACCCAGCUAUGCCACCAGGAACCUGCUGAGGACUAUGACAACCAGGCCUCCCCUGCUGAAAGGGUUAACCCACCUUGCCCUGCACCCCUCAGAACCACCUUUCAAAGCCACCAUUCAUCCUUCUUUCACCAGCCGUCAAAUGUUAUGGCAGUAUAAUGGUGUUAGGGAAGUCUUUGUUUUUGUUAUUUUAAAUGUUGUUGUUUGAAGAGUGACUGAGUCUGACUGAAUAAACGGUUAGCUAGCUGCAUGGCUAGGCUGCUGGUGGUGUUA